GUGGAUUUGACCUAGAGAUGUUGAAUCCUCGGCAACUGUUGGAAUUGGAGCAACAAGUGGAGAGAAUUCUAUAUUGCCGCUGUUGAAAUAGUUUCGUGAAUUCGGGAGAAGAUAUCCGGUGCAACAGGCAUCAUGGAGAUUGUAUACGUUUAUACCAAAAUACGAAGUGAAUUUGGCCGACAGUGCAACUUUUCCGAUCGCCCUACAGAGCUACAGACUGAUAUUGUCCCAGAUCCAACGUUAGCAGAAAAUUUCAUUGAGAAAAAUCCAGUCGAUAUGUUUGUACAGGUUUCAGAAGACAUGUCGGAACAUGAGGUAAAUACAGAACAUAUUUCAACCGAGAUUCGAGGGAUUAACCACAUGGAGGGUGGUUGGCCUAAAGAUGUAAACCCAAAUGAUCUGGAGCAUACCAUGCGUUACCGAAAGAAAGUGGAAAAGGAUGAAAAUUAUGUCUACACACUCAUGCAGCUGAGUGGUUUAAUGGACCACUGCAUUAGACAGAAUAAUGCUAUCAAUAUUUAUGAGGAGUAUUUUGAAGAUAAAGAGGAGUCUGCGGGAUCAAUUGAUGAACCACCUUCUGCAAAAACCAUAAAUGUUUUCAGUGACCCUAAUGAAAUUAAACGGACAGUAUCUCAUCUCUCAUGGCAUCCAGAUCAAGGGAGGAAACUGGCAAUUUCCUACUGUUGUUUGGAGUUUCAAAAAGCUGGUGAUAAUAUGAAUCCUGACUCGUACAUCUGGGACUUGGAAAAUCCAAAUAAGUACGAGAUGGCAAUAAAACCAAUAUCUCCUCUUGUUUGUCUGGAAUAUAACCCUAAAGAUUCACACAUUCUGGCUGGAGGUUGUUACAGUGGACAGAUUGGGUACUGGGAUACACGAAAAGGAAGUCAGGCAGUCGAAAUGCCUGCAAUUGAGGUUGGACAUCGAGACCCAGUGUAUAAAAUUAUUUGGUUACAGUCUAAAACAGGAACGGAUUGUUUUUCUACUUCUACUGAUGGACAGGUACUGUGGUGGGAUAUCCGGAAAAUGAGUGAACCAGUGGAAAGACUCAUCCUGGAUGUAACAAAAAAAGAUAAUCCAGAUAUUGCAUAUGGAGGUGUUUCACUGGAGUUUGAAACCACAAUGCCAACCAAGUUUAUGGUAGGGACUGAACAAGGAGCCGUAAUAUUAGGGAAUCGAAAGGGAAAAUUGCCAGCUGAGAAGAUAGUUACCACCUUCGGUGGUCAUCAUGGCCCUGUCUAUGCCGUGCAGAGAAAUCCUUUUUACCCAAAGAACUUUCUGACGGUUGGGGACUGGACAGCCAGAAUUUGGUCCGAAGAGAUCAGGGAAUCAUCCAUCAUGUGGACAAAAUAUCAUCUGUCUAAUCUCACAGAUGGUUGUUGGAGUCCUGUAAGGCCAACUGUCUUCUUCACAAGCAAAAUGGAUGGUACGAUUGAUGCCUGGGAUUUGUCAUUUAAACACAGUGAAGCAACACUUAGCGUUAAGGUGUGUGAUGAUCCUCUAUACAGUUUGCGUAUCCAAGACAAUGGACAAUUCCUUGCCUGUGGUUCUCACCAGGGUGCAACAACCUUGCUUGAGUUUUCAUCCAGUUUCUAUGCUUAUAUGAAACAGGAAAAAGCAAUUGCAAGUACAAUGUUUGAGAGGGAGACAAAGCGGGAGAAGAUUCUAGAAUCACGCCAGCGUGAGAUGCGGGCAAAAGAACGUGCUAAAUCAGAGCAAGAAAAGGUAGGGGAACAGCAAGCUGACGAUGAGGAGGAUACAAUUGAAUUCAAAAUUGCAAAAGCUGAGAGAACGUUCUUUGAAACUAUUGCCCAAGAAAAAGGCAGAUUUGAAAUGGAGAAAGUCGAUGACACCAAGGAAUCAAUGUCAGAAGAGGAGGAUGAAGAUGAGCUGGACGACUUUUGAUCUGAAAGUGCAACCAGCCUGCGGUACCGGCUAUAUCAUCUAGAUCUUUUUUGUAUUUAACAGAGUAAACAGCAUUUAGAGUUAAAAUAAAUUGAAAGUAAAUUUUGCUACCUAGGCCUUAAAUAUAUCUAUUUUCAUAUUACAUUGAUUGUAUUCAUAUUAUUGAUUCUGCAGAAAUUUUGAAAAUAAAAGAUCUAAUCUGUAGUUAAUUGCCUCUUUCUCAAUAUUAUUGUGAAAUAUUUGUAGAAAAGCAGCAUUGUCAACUUUGUUACCAAACAAAUUUCAUAACAUUCUUGACUAAUAUUUGUAUGUGUUUGCUUGAGCUCUUGCCUAAGACAGGGGAAUCUACUAUUUAUCUUUUUCUCCUUCAAGUUUUCAUUGCUUUUUUGUAAUUUUUUUUAUUGAGUUUCAUCAUCAAACAAACAUUUCCAUAAGAUGUAUUUCAGAUACUGUACAUAUAUAUCAUAUAGUCAUAUUGUCACAAAUCUCCAUGUAAUAUUUAUCUGAAGUAUACUCUUAUAGAAAGAAGAGGAAAGAAAGAUCAAAAGAAGAAAACUAUGUACAGAGU